AUGGGUCUCAGCAGAGCUUCGCUGGGCUUUUUGGGCCUGUUCUUUAUGGCAGGUUCCAUCUUGCUGAUCUUCCUCACUCUCUUGGCUGGCACGCGCAAUACCACACCGCUUAACCAGGUCUACUUCCUCCAAGCCGAUACAAGCAAUAUCGCAGGCGCUCCAGCAACUUCGCGCUGGACCUUCUGGAACCUCUGCGGAGUGACGGAUGGCAAGAAUGACUGUGGGAAAUCUCACCCCGACUUCCCCUUCGACCCCCCAAGUCACCGUAACUUCGAUACGACCGAAAAUGUUCCUGAGCAGUUCAUCGGGACAAAGCACUACUUCUUGAUGUCGCGGUUCAUGUUCCCCUUCAUCAUCAUCGGCCUGUUCUUCGCCGUGCUCUCUCUCUUCACGGGCCUGCUGGCCAUGUGCACGCGCAUCGCCAGCUACCUGUCUGGCUUCCUGGCCUGGCUCGCCCUGACGUUCCAGGUCAUCACGACCUGUCUGAUGACUGCCGUCUUUGUUCAGGGCCGCGAUGCCUUCAAGAGCAACGGCCAGACUGCCAAGGUCGGCGUCAAGGCAUUCGCCUUCAUGUGGACUGCAUCUGCCUGUCUCUUCUUGUCCUGUCUGAUGUACUGCCUCGGCGGUGCCGUGGGACGGAAAGACCGCAGUGGCUACAGUGGCCGCAAGGAGCGUCGCCGUGGUUUCUUCUCGUCUCAGCGCUCGAACAGCGUGAAGAGCCAGAAGAAGGAAACCACCAACUACGCUUAA